GAGCUAUGGCAGUACGUAUCCUGUUUGUAGGGACCACAAUGCCCAACGUCAGCGGUAUUUCUGCCCCUCGUAAGCUCCCGACUGGCCCGUGCUUCUUCAUGCCCGUCAAUGAUCAUCGCCUGUUCGUUCUGUUUCGUUCUCUUGAGUCGACUCUGUUCGUUGUCUCUCCCCUGUCCUAUGCUGUCCAGUCCAGCCUAAGAUAGGCUUCUGUUUCAUGCCACGGACGGUUCAUCCCCCUGAAAGUGACUCGAUUCUGCGCUGGGUCCAGGCACCGUUAGCGAUAAGGUAUUGACCCUGAAGGCGCUGACGACCUCAACCCACUUUGGACGCCUCUUGAGUGGCAUCGCCAGAUUUCUUUUCCUUUCCCAGUGACUCAAGACCUCAUUUGGUACAGGCAACAGUUCAGAUUGUGUUUGCCUCAACAUUCUUGCUGCGACGUCCCCCUCUAGCUCCUGACCGAUCGUUCCGGGGGCCACUUGCUGCGCUGUGCUACGCCUGAACCUCAUUUCCUCACAAGGCUACCUACCUACGGUACCUUACCUUCAAGACCUGUGCUUCAUUGACCUCAAAAAUCUACUAUCGUCUUGUUCUGCCUUGUUUCCGUCUCAUCUGCGCUGCACUGUUAUUGUCGCUUCCAUUGCCGCCUAAUCUCCUCCACUCGGUUUUCCUGUCUUGGCCGCCUACCCAAGCUCUUGCCCGGCUGUGCCGAAGAUGGCGGGCAGUCUCUGUUUGCAUGCGCCUUGACCUAUUAUCGCAUCAGAAUCACCUCUGCAUCUCCCCCGGUGACGCAAACGAUAAGCUCGAACUAUAGCAGAACGAGACGAGGCACGCCAAAAAAGAUCACCUGAGCCGAUCGCGCAGAGAAUCUAGUCACUAUGGCAUCGUCUAAUCCGUUUCGCAAGAGUGCUGCCAUUACGGUAGACUCAGCUUCUUUUCCCAACUCAACAUCCUCCGCCGCUUCUCGGUUCCCUGCUCUCGAUCAAAUUGAAACAGCAUCUACUCCUCCGCCUCCGACCAGCUUCCAGCAGGCUGGCUCUUCAACAAUUGACUCGAAAUCUAACAUUACCAAAAAAGUCCGCGUACUAUCACCCCCGCCGCUGUCUCCCGACUCUCCCGAAUGGGCAUUUGCGGCACCUUCUAUUGCGCAACAGACUGCGAACCAACGAAAUGAGGACGAUCCGUUCGAUGCGACGUCUACCGAUGAUAGCGACCGCGAAAUGGUAGCUGCGGCUGCCCGUGGCUAUGCUCCGAAUGGCGGUCAGGGCAUAGGAAACCCAUUCAGCAAGACAUUACGCAGCGUUGAUUCUCCCGUCGCAGAACAAAAGCUUGAGCAUGAACGCAAAGAAGAAGGCCAUGCGCUCAAAGCUGCUAAUACGGCCAGAAGGUCUCUGGACGUCAAUGCUUUCAAGAGAUUGCUGAUGACGGGUAAUACGGAGUCGGACAAGUCUUCGCCGCCGAAAAUCCGACAGUCGAUGCCGCCACCAGCGAAAAACACAAAAGACCGACCGUCUGUUUUCCGAAGAAUCUCACAUGAUGAUUCCAGAGAUAUAUCGCCCCCCGAGAAUGCACUCCAAGAGGCAUCUCUCAUAUCCGAAGAAGCCUCGGAUACCCCGGAAGAUGAUAUUGAUCAAGAGAACGUUUCUGACUCAAGCGCUUCUGCCCAACUGAGCUCAAAGAACAGCAAGAAACCGCCGCCGCCACCUAGCUCUCGACAUGGCAAGUCCAUCAAGCUGGAUCUGGUUGGUCAGGCAUCUCGAGAACCUCUUGCGACACUGUCAUCAGAUAUGAACAAACCGCUUCCGCCCGCGCCGGUGAGAAGAAGCAUGGAAGAAGGAGGCGAGUCGCCGUUUGAUCGUGAAGCAGCUGGCAAAGUUCCAGAGGCUGAAGGUGAUGUGGGAUUAGCAUCGCCAGAACCAUCAGGCGGCAGCCGAAAAGCAGUUCCUGCACCACCACCUCGACGAGGUCACGCGAGAGGAGAGAGCAAGGUCUAUGCGUCUGGUCUAGGCUUGACACAGCAGCAAUUUGUGCACAAUGAAGAGAACUUGUCACGGUCAUCGUCUAUGCGAUCCCGACCUGAGCACAACCGACGUGACUCACAUGCAGCAGCACCUCCACCACCGCCACCAAGAUCUCAUCACACCUCAAGACAGUCGACGCAGAUACCAUCGGGGGUGGCCUCAAGCCUCACGGAUCUGAGCCAAUCGUCAUCAUCUCCGGCUCCAUCCCUGGAUGUCGAUAUGAGCACUACUUCCAUGCCAUCACAGCUGCGUCAAUCCUCCACGGUCGAGUUAACACCACCGAGAGAUACGCAAUCAGGAACACAUCAGCCCGCGACGAUAACGAAAUCUUGGGCUCCACCACCACCACCUGCGCGAAACACAUCUGUUCGACGGCCUGCGAGUAUCAGAAGUGUUGAUAGCAGUAGCCGGCGAAUCUCAUUUGAAGCAAAACCUCAUAAUCAGAUGGCACCCCCUCCACCACCUCGAAGGCAACGAGGCAGCAGCCGUGGCAGCGUCGAUGGACCUCGGAGGACGAGUCUUGAUGGUGUAGGGAAGGCUGGAUCGAGUCAAGUGGCCGAGGAGGAGCCUGACAAUGUCGCAGCGACAGUCGGCUCGGGUCCCACAUCUCCGCAAUCGGCAAACGAGCCAGGGAAGAGUGUUGACAUCCUGGCUGACCUGGACGCCCUACAACGAGAGGUGGACGCCCUGCGGGGGAAACUAGGAUGACGAGGUGCACGCAUACAUACGACGGAGAUGCAUGAAAGUGAAUGGAAGCGUGUUGGAAUGUGUUGAUGGUUGUACAAAAGAGGAGCGUGGCGACAUGCAGUCGAAGCUUUAGUCUUACUGGGAGUGGGAGCUGAGGACGAAGGAACGAACGAACAUAAUAUGUAUGGAUGUGACAUUAUGCGGGCGUUUUGAUGAACAGGACUCUGGCACGAUAGAGUUGUGUGAUUGGUCUUUGUUCUACUUUAUCUGUAUGGGAAAAGGUGUUGUAGAUGAAUAUCAUGAUGUCAAGCAUGGCGAGUUGAUUGAGUUGUCAGAGACAGACAUUAUGUAGCAUAAUGGACGUGAUGUUUGACGAUCAUGAUGAGAGUUGAGGAUUGUAUGCAUUCUGUCGUACUCCUAGAUGACCGUGUUGGUGCAGUGCUCGCCUCUACUCAGCCACCAGGACACA